AUGGGUAUUGACGUGAAGGAAACAUGCGCAGUAAUAUGGAAAGUAAUUGGAUUCUCGAUAAGCACAAGCAUCAAAUUCAUGAGAAACCACCCAAUCUUGUCUCUGGUUUCCAUGCUCUUACUCGCGCUAUACAUUCUCCUCCCUUCCUUAUUGUUCUUCUUGAUAUACUCGUCUCCGGUUCUUGCAUGUGCUGUAGUGUACGCCCGAGAAAAGCUAGGAUUGAGAUUUUCCGGUUCCUCUUCGGAGCCAGAGAGUUGUAAAGGAGAAAAGAAAAGUGGCAGAUGCCACUUAAGACAACAAAGAAGUGUCCGAAGAAACGCUCGAAUGAAAGUUGAGGAAUGGGAUUCACAGACAAGCGACGAAGAGAAAGACAAAGUUAUCUUGACCUCUCUUUACAACGAUCUCCUCGGACGUACACCACAAUUCGAGGAGUCUCCAAAAGCUAUAGAAACCAACGUACUGGAAGAAGAGAAUGAUAAGGCUUUUGUUGAGGAAGAUUCAAGAACGUCUUCUCAAGAUUUGGGUUAUCUCAACGUUGAAGAAGAGCCAAUGGCGUGCAGCUGUGAGGUCAAUGAAGAGAAGAAACAUGAUGGCAAAGAAGAUAUGAACAAUGUCAACGAACAUGGGAUCUCAGAGGUUGAGAGAAACAAGAGGCUAGAGAGUCUAAUCGCUAGAAGAAGAACAAGACGACUCUUUAAACUAGCUUUAGAUCAACAUAAUAAGAAAGAGACAACCAGCCCUACACAUAACAACAACCUUCACAUCACAGUUCCAAGGAACAAUAGCAACAACUCCUUUGAAAAACGUCAAAACUAUCAAUCAGGAUUGCAGGUUCCAGGCUCAGCACCUUCUGUGAUGCUACAAGCGAGAAGCCCUUUCGAUAUUCCUUAUGAUCCUCAAGAGGAAAGACCUAAUCUAACUGGAGAUAGCUUUGAUCAAGAGUUUUCAUUUUUUAACCCUAAUGAUAUGUUCCUUUGUCGUCAUGAGAGCUUCUGUCGCUUUGCUCAUUUUUCUCCAGAACAUGCUCAGUGUAUGAACAGUCCAGUUCCUGAUUCCGACAUCUCCACAACCAGAAAACUUUUUGAUUUGGACAAUGAAUAUAUGGAUCAUAAUGAACAAAACCUCCCUCGCUAUGUCAAACAAGUCACAAGCGAGGAUGAUGAUAAAAGUGGUAAUGAGGGUGAAAAAAACAAAAACGGAGAUGUGAUGAAUAAUGAGACAGAUUCAAGCGACGAAGAUGAUGAUGAUGAUUCAAGUUGUUCAGAAGAAAGUGAGGCAGAACUUAACCGUUUCAACAAAGCAGAGCUCAGAGAAGCUAUAAGCCACUCAAUGGAUAAAUUUCCUGGGUUUCUUGUGAAUCAAGCAAGAAACGAUAUCCCAAGCCCGUUACCAAGAGGCAUGGCGCCAAGACUCUAUGAUAACAACAUGUUUUAUGCACGUAGAGGCCCAAAUUCUCACAGUAGAACAUUCUCCAUUGCCUCAGAUAUGCAAGUAGAGGUUUCAGAGCUUGGUUCACCUCCUACGACGGUUGAUUGGCUUGAUGACUGGUCUAAUGGUGGAGAAUCCUACACGUAUGAUACUGAUAUCGAUAGAGAAAUCAUCCGCGGUGAAGAAUCACGUAAGAGGGCCUCUCAACAAUGUGAAUCAAUAUCAAAAGAAGAUAAUAAUGGACUAGUGACUAAACCAUAUCAGAAGUGUUUGUCAGAUGAACAUUUUAGAACGGCUGAUGAGAUGUCUUUGGUAGAUAGAAGAAGCCAAACCAAAGAGAAUUUUGAGCUGAGACUUUCUCGUUCCAGUGAUGUUCCCAAGUCUAGAAGCUAUGGAAAAUUAGAUGGUUUGUUGUUUCAUUCAAGUGUGUCACUAUCAUCUAUAACAGAAGAACCUGAAACAAUCUUAGACCCAGUCGAUGUGGGAAACAAGAUAUCUCCAACUUCUAGGAAUUUAUCCAUGAAGAACUUGAUUGAUGAGGAAGUUGUUGAUGUUCAGCAGUUAGAACAUGAUGAUCUUUGUGGACUUUCUAAGAGUGUAUUGGAUGCUUCUUUGGACACUCCAGAUGUAGAAUCAUUUGAAAGAGAGAUAAAAGAAAUAGAAGAAGCAAACUUAGAUAAUUCUACAAAGGAGGUAACACCACAAAGAGAAGAGAAGGCACUUCAAGGUGACUUCACGAGUUCUCCAAAAUUACAAGAAAGUGAAGUCAUGGAAGAGAAUGGUCAGGAGUUAGUCAAAAAUUAUGAUGAGAACGCAAAGCCAAUGGAGCAAGAAAAAAAUCAUGACGUCUUGGACGCAUCAUUAAUCCAUCCUUGCACACAAUUGUCUGAAGAAUAUUGUAAUGCAAAAAGUGAUAGUGAUGUGAUACUUAUGCAAGUUGAGGAUGGUAAUAACUCAAUAUUGGAUGAGUCAACUGAUCAACAGUUCUCUAAUGAAGAAGAAAGUGCGGGGUUAUUGAAAGAUCUUCAUGUUGAAUCGACCCAAGAAUACAACAAUAUAGUGAACGUUGAGGAAGAAUCAAUAGGUUUAGAAGACGCUACUAAUUCACAAGGUUCACAACCAUGGACUCAACAGCAAGGUACAUAUUCUUUCCAAGGAACCCAAAAACCAGAGCAUGAUGAGGCUAUCUCUCAAGAUAUUGCUAAAGAUAUGGAGUAUGAUAACACAAAACCAAUGGAAUAUGAGGCAGCUCCAUGUGUAGAAUCAUUUGAAAGAGAGAUGAAAGACGAAGAAGAAACAAAGUUAGAUAAUUUCACAAAGGAUAUAACAGAAAAAAUAGAAGAUAAAGCACUUCAAGGUGACUUGACUAGUCCAUGCAAUUUUUUCACAAAUUUACAAGAAAGUCAGGUCAUGGAGGAGAAUGAUCCGAAAUUAGUCAAAAAAUCUGAUAAGAGUGCAAAGGUAGUGGAAGAAGAGAUAACUCAUGACGUUUUAGAACCAUCUUCAAGCCCUCCUUAUACACAAUUGGUUGAUGACUACGAAAAUGCAGAAAAUGAUUGUGAUGUGAUACUUCUGGAAGUUCAAGAUGGCAAUCACUCAACAUUGGAUGGAUCAACUGAUCAAGAGUUCUCUAUGGAAGGAGAAAAUUCAGGGUUAUUGAAAGAUCUUCAUGCUGAACCGACCCAAGUAUACAAUAACAUAGUGAAUGUUAAGGAAGAAUUAAUAGGUUUAGAAGAAGCUCAUGAUUCACAAGGUUCACAACAAUGGACACAACAGCACGGUGCAAAUUCUUCCGAAGGAAUAUCACCAAACACAUGGGAGAUCACCCAAAGACCAGAGCAUGAUGAUGCUAUCUCUCAAGAUAUUGCUGAAGAUAGAGUUUCUACAGCAGCUAAAGACUCAACUGAUAUUGAGAAGAAUCUGAAACCUGAUGAGGAAGUUAUGGAGGAAGAUGUGGAAAAGGAUUUACAGCUUACUUUACAAUCACUGCACCAUAACAAUGGCUUAAUAACAGCUAGCGAAGACGAUGAAAAAUCCAAGCAGGUGGUUGAGGCAGUACACAAUUCAGAGAGUGAAACAACAAAGACAGAAACAUAUUCUUAG